UGUAAAUUACUUCAUCUGGCUUUAUGGCACUGAAGUCUGCGUGUUUCAAGUAUUCCGCAUGCUGGCAGCAUACACUGUUCCUUCCUGCCCAAGGGCCAUAGUAGGCGGAGUUCAGAGGCUACAUAUAUGGAGCAGCAGCAAUACCUUUGAAUGCAGUUUGCCUGUUAAUCUGUUGUUAAGCAUUGCUGAUGACAGUGGCGCUACGACUUCCCAAGAAUGGGGACCGCAGCCGAGAAGAAACAACUGUUUCCAGUUUCCAUGGUGUCUGUCAGAAUUAUAAAAGCCAAUAUCAUCCCCUCAGGAAUUUCAUUGUUUCCAUCUAAUUGCUACGUGACCUUGCAUCUACCGACAGCAUCGCCUGAGAAAUUUAGAACCCAAACUAUGAAGAACUCUGACAAACCAGUCUGGAAUGAGACAUUCUAUUUUAGAAUCCAAACUGAGAUCAAGAAUAUAUUACAGCUGGAGGUCUGUAGUGCCAAUCUAACCGACAAAGAUGAUGUACUUUUUGUUAUCUUUUUCGAUUUGGAAAAAGUCCGGCCUGGCACAACAGCUCUUGAGCUAUUUUCCUUAAAACCAGAGAAAGAAGAUUGUCCUCAUGCUUAUGAAUCUCUGGAAGUGGAAUUCAAGUUGGCAGAAACUUCAGGACCUCUCGAGCAACUGAUUUCCAAUGGUGUUUUAGUGGCUCGUGAACUUUCCAUCUUGGAAGUAAAGGUGAAGAAAGAAGAGAAUGAGAAGCUUUUGAAAGCCAAGAAAAAUGUUGUGCUUACCAUGCGAGAGUCUUAUGAAGGGACACAGAAGACGUCCGAAGAUGUAGAUUCCUUCUGCUUUCAUUGCAUAAAGAGCUGGGGGCCAGUGCUGAAAGCCAACAUUCAGAGUAUUUCAUGUGAGGAGAAGAACGAUUCAGGCCACGCUUUAAUUCUGCCUUUGAAAUUGCUUCCAGUGGGACAACAAGUCAAAGUAACUCUACCUGUGCUAGAGGGUGGAGCUUUGGAGUUGUACCUCAAGGUAAUUGACUGUCCACAGAAUCUUGAUGUGCGUUUGGGAUAUGAGCUUUGUGCUGAUGAGCAGGACUUCCUUCGCAAAAGGAAGAAGAUCGUUGCUGAUGCCUUGAAUAAGCUUGUUAAUAUGAGACGAGGACUGUUUGAGGACGAGGUCCCCGUGAUAGCUGUUAUGGCAACAGGAGGCGGAGUCAGAGCCAUGUCAGGAUUCUAUGGUCAUCUCCUAGCACUCCAGAAACUCAACCUUUUGGAUUGCAUUUCAUAUAUCACCACUGCUUCUGGGUCAACAUGGACUAUGACAGACUUGUACAGAAAUACUGAUUGGUCACAUGAAAAUUUGGAAGAAGCUAUCAAAGUAGCUAAAAGCAGCAUGUUGAAGAGCAAAAUAGAUAUUAUUUCCAUCGAUCGAUUGAAGUAUUAUCACAAGGAGCUGGUUGAGAGGGUUAAAAGGGGACAUCUUCGAUCUUUUACAGCUCUCUGGGCCCUUGUUCAAGAAGCUUUCUUACAUGAUAAAUUUAAUGACAGUAAACUCUCAGAACAGCGGCAGGCUUUGGAUCAAGGUCAGAACCCUUUGCCUAUCUACACAGCUGUAAAUGUCAAAGACAAAGUCAGCACCUUUGAUUUCAGAGAAUGGGUGGACUUCUCUCCUUAUGAAGUAGGGUUCCAGAAAUAUGGUGUCAACAUUCGUGCAGAAGAUUUUGAUAGUGAAUUCUUCAUGGGAAAGCUAGUGAAGAAGAUCCCAGAAUCCCGGAUUUGCUAUCUGGAAGGUAUCUGGACUAACAUCUUCUGUGUGAAUCUUAUGGAUGGGCUGUAUACUGCUUCAACGACAGAAGAAUUUUGGGAUCAAUGGGCCAAAGACCUGGCCAAGAGUGAAGAACAUGAAGGAUAUUUCUCGAUCUAUAAGCCUCCAACUUGUGGGCCUGGAAAACUUGGUGAAAUCUUUAAUGAUAUUCUAACUGAUCGUCCUUUAAAAGGGGAAACUCACAACUUCCUACAAAGUCUUGACUUUCAUAAAGACUAUUUGCAACAGAAAGAAUUUCUUGAAUGGCGAGAUACUGUGCUUGAUGCUUCUCCUAACAAGCUGACACCAGUGGACAAAUCACUGUGCUUAAUAGAUAUCGGCUUUUUUGUUAACACCAGUAUUCCACCACUCCUUAAGCCAGAGAGGAAUGUGGAUGUCAUCAUCAUGGUGAAUUAUGACAUUAGUUCACCCUUCAAGCAAAUACGUUUGACAGCCAAAUACUGUGAAGAGCAAAGUAUUCCUUUUCCAAAAGUUGACCUAACCGAAGAAGACUGGAAGAAUCCCAGAGAGUGCUAUGUGUUCUCAGAUGAAGAUAACCCACAAGCGCCAAUUCUGAUUUAUUUCCCUCUAGUAUGUGCCUCCUUCAAGGAGUACAAGGCACCAGGAGUGAAACGCACUCCUCCUGAAAUGAGUGGAUGUGAAGUAAACUUGGGUAAAGACUCGCCUUACAAAACAAUCCAUUUAACCUACAGUGAGGAGGACUUUGACAGACUACUAAACCUGUGCACCUAUAACAUCCUCUGUAGCGAAGACCACAUCCUUCAGGCCAUCCAGCAUGCUAUACAGAAGAAGAAAAACAUUUGUUCUCAGGCUAGAAAGAAAUUCUGUCACCCUGAGCAGGGCACCAAUUAGCCCCCAACACCUACAUUGUUGGAGGUUAUGCUAAGGCAUAGUCAUACCAUACAGUUUGCAGUGAACACUAACAAGUGUAGUUCCCACCCUGCCUAGUUUGAACAGAUGGCUUCUUUAUUUAUUAAUAUUCCUAUUUUUUGAGCCAUCCAUGUUCAAGGUCACAUACCUGGGUUGUAGCUUGUGAACAAUGCGAGGAACAUAGCAGGAAGAGCUUCAGGAGGUGAUUCUGAUGGGGCUGGACGACACUCAGUUAAAGUUACCAAGUCAGUAAGUAGCUGAGAUUGUAUUGCAAGGAGUGACAUUGUUGAUACGUUAAUUUGAGAGGUCACAGGGAUUUGUUUAUAAUACUUUCAAUGGUGACCCUCUGCAACUCUAAUGAAAAUGAAGGAGAUGUGUUGGACUUCAGUACCAAUGGAAACUGUGAAGAGUGGAGCUUUCUUGCAUCAAUUCCACUAUGAGCAAUUACCGGUACAUCAUACCAUACAGAUAUUCUUGCUGUUCCUUUGCUGAUCACUAUUGUUUCCCUUUCCUAUUCUAAAGAGGGCUGAUGCAUUUCAGCUGUGAAUAAAAACCACCAUUGCUAAAAUAAUUUAGUAUUAUAACUUAAUGAAACCCAUUAUAAUUAUUUGCAAUAUUGCCUUGUUUGCUUGCAUUGCCUCCGUGUUUAGUCAGAUCUGCUAGUUAAAUUCAACAAACUCGGUCCACAACAUGACGGCUUUUGCUUGUAUUUGAUCCUUUUAAACCUGAAUCUAUAGCUAAAUUUGCCACAAUAGAAGUGAUUCAGAAGGGAGUUAAGUAUCCUCUGCAAACACUUAAUUGGAGAUUUAUUGAGGGUAAGGUUACCAGAUUUUUUUCAAUGAAUCUGGGGACACUUUUCAACUUCAGUGGAUUUUGUAUGGGGACUGAUGUGUAAAUCCGGGGAUGUCUGGUAUCCUUACUCUAGGGCUGGGAAUAGCACCUACCUGAUACGCUCAGAAAAUGGGCCUGAGACAUGCUGUGGUCAGCAUUCACAGUGUUAGGCUAGAUAGAUGAACUGAUAAUCUGACUCAAUAAAUAACUGUUGCUCUUUUGGUGCUUCGAGGCAGCUGAUUCUACCAAUGGUAGUAUUUUUUUUAAUAGAUUGGCACUAUAAUAUUGCUAUUUGGACUGGCAGAGAUCAGCAAAGCCUCUAUAUGAAUUGUGAUGUCAGGUGCCCUGAUUCCACAUGCCUGGUUCUUUGAUGAGGCAACCUCUUACACACAAGCAGUGCACAGUUGGUGAUUCUAUCUUUGCAUGCAAAACCUGCUGGGGGAUGCAAUGGCAAACAGUUAUGUUGUAUAAUUAAAAAGGAAGCCUUCAACAUGUUUGCUGUAAAUUGAACAUACCCUGUAAAAAGCUGGUUUCCAUUGCUUAUGAAUGCUCUGGAAGAUGUUACUAUAAACCUGAGGGUAGGCAUGUCAGAGCCUUAAAUAGUGUCAGAAGAAUUUUGUCUCCACAGAACAUUAAGUAUUAAAAACCAGAUCUUCAGCUGGAGCAAAUUAUAUCCACUCUUCAGAAAUUAUUUGGGGUAAUAUGAUUUAUGCUGUUUCAGAAUCUGGUUCAAAAGUAUUUGCAUCUCUCAUAUAAAAGCAAGACCACCCAGAAAUGGUAUAUUUUCAUCAUCUUGUCAAGAAAUUUGAAAUAUAAAGAAUAGGGACUUGAGAGACAAAGUAUGACCAAUUUUGUUCUAAAGCAGUCAAAGUUAAACAUUUUUGGUGUGUUUUAAAUAAAGCAUUGCCACAUUUAAUAAAGGCAAAAUGAAUAGAAGUAGAUGUAGUGUAUUAGGAAGGAAC